AUGAGCAACCAGAAUACGAUUGAGUCCCUGCUCUGCAGAGUGGCAUCUCAGGUCCUGAAAAAGGACGAGUCUGAAAUCGACGCGGAAAAGUCUUUUUCUGAGCAAGGAGGCAAAUUCAAUCCCCUGUCAGCUGUCUUCUUCGCCGCGCAAUGUAGAGACCUCGGCCUCAUCGUCGACAUUGCCGACGUUUCGCAGUGCAAGACGAUGGGUGAUCUGGCGCAGAAACUGGUUCAGACCAACCCGCAGCUGCAGUCGAGCGAAGCAACUGACCGGCAUUCAGUCUCAAUACCCUUUACACCACUCCAGCAUCUGUACAACACCGUCGGGCUGUGCCAGGCCUCAAUAUGCGAUCUCCACACCCCAAUGCCACACCGUGAUGCCGUUGCAAUGCUGGAGAUGCUGGUUGAGAGGCACCCCGUGCUGGGAGCGUCACUUGAGGCUGAUCACAAAAACCAUCUCGUGUUGACGGGCACCACAACCUCUUCAUCCGGGACCGUGGUUCCGUAUGAGUCCGACAAGGACUGCGAAUCUCGGGUCAGGAAACUUCAACUAGAGGUCUCAAAAUCAAGGACACAAGUCCUGAACGUUCUCUUCUUCGGCGAGACGUCCCAGAUCAAGAAAAUCGGGGUGGUGGUGCCCACUGCCGCCCUUGACGCCCACUCCUGGCAUAUCCUUCUCCACGAUAUCCAGAUCUAUACACCCCACAGUCAUCGAUCUGGCUCUCAACCCCACACGUUCUUCGAUUGGGUUGAGGAAGCGGAGCAAAGGACGGGACAGGGGCGCGAAGACGGACCUGCCUUGGGACGUCCCGUGGACUCAAAGCACCCGCCCCAGAGCCUCCGCGAUUCAGGCGUGGUGUCGUCGUCUACAUUCACUCUGAGCUUGGAGUUGACAGAAUCGCUCCAUAGUGAGAGAUGCCACCAAACAUUGCGGACAGAGGUGCACGAUUUGGUAUUUGCAUCGCUGUCCUCGUGCAUCAGACGCCACUUUCCGGGCUUGAACAGAUAUCUUGGGAUCAGGGAUGGCCGACCGAGGGACGAUUGUGAUGCUUGGGAUACAGUGAUAGGCUGCUUUGACGAGCUUGCUGAGAUACCCUAUCACGGUGACGGAGACGUAUUGGAUGUGGCCCGCAACGCCAAAGAUGCGAGACGGCGCUCUCUCUUGAGCUCUGUCCACAGCGACCCGGAUCACCUCAGUCUCAUUUUCGACACGACGAAACUGGGAUUGAAGAGCAUCUCUGACGACGGGUCACAGCCAUUUGAUGAGGUGCCCAGGCAUAACGUUGGAGAGCUCGUCGUUCAAUCACUUGGCGGGCUCUACGUAUUGCUGUUCUGGACGGACGCAAGAUUGAGCUUUUCAGUUAUGUGCGGUGCUGACGUUGGGGGAGACGCAGAGCUCAAGGCCAUCUCGCAGAAUUUCGUCGACCAUCUCCAUGACACCAUCACCAGACUGACCGACAGUGGUCCACUACCUACCCUCUGCGACUUUCCUCACAUAUCGCUGGAUUACCCGUCGCUGGAUCGCUUAUUCGAGCAGAAGCUUCAGCACAUCGUCAAAGAUCCCUUGACAGAGAUCGACAACAUCUACCCAUGCUCGCCCAUACAGGAAAACAUCCUCGUUGGCAGCUCAUUGGACAAGGGGGCUUACAUGUGCUCUUUCACGGUCAGGGUCUCCACGUCAGGCCGCUUCGCAUCGUGUGAUGCUGGCAGGUGGGUUGCCGCAUGGAAUAGAGUUGUUGACAAGCAUUCUGCCCUCAGGACCGUAUUUAUCGAGAGCGAAGUGCGUCAGGGCUACUUCGACCAAGUGGUACUCAAGAAGGUCGUGCCUCGGGUCGACAUAGUUGAAGGCGUCGCCACGUCUUCAGCCAUCGCAUUCCAGCCACUGGAGGUACCUCACCACCUCACCAUUGCCCAGGCCGGUCCGGGGCAAUUCAUUAUCGUGCUGGCAAUCUCCCAUGCCAUAACUGAUGGGCAUUCGGCCGAAGUCAUUCUCAGCGACAUGUGUGGCUACGUUGCCGGACAAGGCGGCAACGAGGAGAAGGUACUCUCCUACUCAGACUAUGUCCUUGAUCAGCAACUACGCUUGGAGAACACCGUGUCAGACUACUGGCCAAAGUAUCUCCUGAAGACGCAGGAGACACUCCUCCCCGUCACGCGGGACAGAGCUAGUCUACAUAACUUCGAAACAGUCAAAUCCGUCAUACCCAUCAAUGUGACGUCGAUUGACCGACUGUGUAAACAACACAAUGUCAACUUGGCCAAUAUCUGUCAGUUCGCGUGGGGCGUUGUGCUAAGGAGUCACCUGGGCGUCGACGACGUUACCUUUUCUUAUAUUUCAUCAGUGAGGCACGUUCCCCUAAAGGGUAUCAUGACGGCCGUUGGGCCUCUGAUCACUACACUCCUUUGUUCCAUGAACCUAGAAGGGGACAAGAACGUCAUGGAUGUGGUCAAGGCUGUCAACUCCGAUUACCAAGACAGUCUAUCGCACGAAGCAGAACUUUCAGACGCGAUAUCUACUCGUCGGUGGAGCAAUACAGUCAUGUCUUUCCGCCGGCGGCUGGUUCAGGAUGACGAGAGCCUCCCGGGCUUGAGCUGCAAAAUUGUCCAGGGCUUGAGCCCAACGAAUUACGACGUUUCUCUCAUCAUAUCAGCUGGCCAAUCUGAUAUGGAGGUCAAUCUGGACUACUGGGCUUCCCGCGUGGAUCCAGAUCAGGCCCAAGGUCUCCUGCAGAACUUCCAGGAGGUGUUGCACUCUAUCUUUCGAGAUGUCGGCACCACCGUGGGGGGCCUCGAUCUGAUCAGCAACGAGCAAAAACAGCGGAUACUGGAAAGAAACGCCCGUGUCCCGGAGGCCUUGAACCGGUGCGUCCACGAACCCAUCGACGACCGUAUCCGGGAUCAACCCACGGCGUUAGCCAUUGACGCAUGGGACGGAAGCAUGACAUAUGGAGAACUGCACCAGAACGCCUCCCAUUUAGCGCAGCAUCUGACGAACAUCGGCACUAGGCCAGAAAUCCCAGUUGGCCUGUGUAUGGACAAGUCCAAAUUCGUUCUGGUCGCCAUUCUCGCGAUUCUACGGGCUGGUGGCGCCGUGGUGCCCAUUGGGACUGGGGAACCUAUUGCGCGCGUGGAAGCGAUCCUCGCUGACUCGUCUCCAAUCGCCAUAAUUUGCGAUGGGAAACAGGUCGAGCGAUUGUCCGGCCUGGGCACACCGCUCCUUAACGUUGGUUCGAUAAUCGCGGACGAGUCGCCAAGAGCACCAAGAGCCGCGCAGAAAGCACAGCCCAAACCAGAAAACACGGCCUGGAUCUUUUACACCUCGGGCUCCACGGGAACACCAAAGGGAGUGCUAGUCGAGCAUAAUGCUCUGGCUACCAGUAUGCACGCCCACGGCGCCGCAUUAGGCAUGUCCCGUGAGACCAGGGUGCUUCAGUUUGCAGCCCACACAUUCGAUGUCUCCCUGCAGGAGCUAUGCACUACGCUCGUUUACGGAGGCUGCAUCUGUAUACCCAAUGAACAGGACCGCGUCAACGAUCUGGCGGGAGUCGUGAGCCGACUACGGGUCAACAUGUUGGCCCUCACCUCGAGCGUGGCAUCCACAGUGACGCCUGAGGACGUUCCCCUCGUUGAGACGCUGGUGCUGUUCGGGGAAGAAGUCAAGGCCAGCGUGGUAGAGGCCUGGCUGGGUAAAGCCAUCAUCUUCAACGCCUAUGGGCCGACCGAAAGCUCCAUAUUCGCCAGUGCAAGCAAGCCAUUUCAGAGCGUGGACGACCUAGCGAACAUCGGAUUCCCGUUGAACGUGAACCUCUGGGUUACCGACCCGCAGAACCCAGGGCGACUGUGUCCCCCGGGGGCUGCGGGUGAGUUGUUGAUCGAGGGCCCGCUGCUGGCACGGGGAUACCUGAACAAUGAAGAAAAGACUUGUGCCGCGUUCAUUCGUGACCCAGAGUUUUCUCGCCUUCUGGGCCUUGAACCGGGUAGACGCUUCUAUCGGACAGGAGACAUUGUGCGCCAGAACAGUGACUUCUCCAUGACCUAUGUCGGUCGGAGAGAUACGCAGAUCAAAGUUCGAGGUCAACGACUUGACGUUGCCGAAGUCGAGCAUUGGACAAGCAAGUCGUUCGACGGUGCACUCAGGGCUGUUGUGGGUCUUCUGCCCGCCGUCGAAGAAGACGCAGCUUCACCGGGAGGAGGCUUUUUGUUUGCUGCCGUUGAAUUCACAGAGAAGACCGGCUUCGUCCCCCCUGGCAAAGAAGACGUCCUACCCCCCUCCGAAGGCCUUCGAGAAGCUUUCAGUCAGCUGCGCAGCACGCUACAGGCUAAACUUCCCUCUUACAUGAUCCCCACCUUCUACAUUCCUUUUAGACGGAUACCCCUGACAGCCUCCACCAAGACCGACCGCAGGCUGGUACGCCGACUCAUCAGCGAGCUGCGCACAGUCGACCUGCAGAGUUACGUCUCGGACGCCUCGAGUGAUGAUGGCGAAGUGCGCGGUGAGACUGCCCAGAAGCUACAGGCUCUGUGGGCAACGGUGCUAGGCGUGAGCAGCAGUUCGAUCAAGGCGGGCGACCAUUUCCUGUACCGAGGAGGUGAUUCCGUCUCGGCCAUAAAGCUGGUGGAAGCAGCCAGGCGCAAACACUUGAAGAUGACGGUCUCAGAUGUGCUGAUCUUUCCCAGACUUGAAGACCUUGCACGGGUCCUCGAUGAACGCACCGCAGCCACAGAGGACAACUCGGGCCAAGCAGAAGAGCGACAUGAUCCUCCUCCUCCUUUCUCUCUGUGGCAGACAUCAUCCAGUGACAGAGACACGGAACUUGCAGACAUCGCCAGCCAGUGUGGCAUGAGCACCACAGACAUUCAGGAUAUAUAUCCCUGCACACCACUGCAGCAGGGCAUGCUGGCUGCCACGCAGCAACGCCCCACGGCAUAUCUCGUGCGCCAGGUGUACGCUCUUUUCGAGUCCCUCGAUAUCGGGCGCUUCCGCAAGGCAUGGCAGGUCCUGAUUGACAAGGCCCCAUUGAUGCGGACCCGUAUCCUGCUGGGACAGCGUUCAGGGUCCUUGCAGGUGCUGUCAAAGACGGUUCCAUGGCACCACCAUGACAACUUGGAGAAGUACGUGGCAGAGGACCAAGCCCGCGUGAUGGCCGUCGGUCAGCCGCUAAUGCGUUUCGCCUUGGUACAUGAGGCCUCCAGCGGCGCCCGUUACUUCGUCUGGACAGCUCAUCACUCCGUAUACGACGGCUGGGGUGCUCAGCUGAUCUACCGCCGAUUGUCAGCUCUUUAUCUGCAUGAUGAGAUACCUCCUGCCGUCCCUUUUACGAGGUUUAUUGAAUACUUGCAACGGGGUGACCUUCGUGGCGAAGAGGCUGCGUCCUUCUGGCGUCGCCAACUCGAAGGAGAUGUGCCAUCGGCAUUUCCCUCCAUGCCAUCCUCGUAUUAUCAGCCUAAACCUGCCGCCGUUCUUCACUCCGAAGUUGACACGUCUGUAGCCGCCUCUUCGACGCCCGGUUCGUCCCGGUCCCUGGCCAACGUCCUCAGGGCUGCUUGGGGUAUGACUCUGAGCCAGUACUUGAACACGGGCGACGUUGUCUUCGGAGCGACGCUCUCUGGCAGAAACGCCCCCGUCGCCGAGAUCACCGAACUUAUCGCCCCCACGAUAACGACUGUUCCUGUUCGGAUUCACGUCGAUCAGGACGAGAAAGUUGCCGCAUACCUCGAGAGAAUCCACUCGCAGGCAGUAGAGACGAUACCUUUCGAACACACGGGGCUGGAAGACAUCAGGCGUCUUGCGCCUGACCUCCAGCCUGCUACCGAUGUCAAGCACGUUCUUGUCAUUGAGCCUUCAUCGAUCGGAGCAGGAGAGGAGGCCAUCCAGUCCGCCGGUAUGCACUUGGUAGGCACCGCGCUCGACGCGUUCGACACCUUUGCCCUCACUGUCCAAUGCCAGCUCCCCAGUGAACAGGGAGGUCUGGUCAAGGUUGAGGCACGUUUUGAUCGCCAUGUCGUGAGCGAGUCGCAGAUGGCAGUGCUUCUCCGGCAGUUUCAGCAUUGGGUGUCUCAGUUCCUCAAUGAGGCAAACCGCGACAGGCGCCUGGGCGGUCUGGAGGGGGUUACCUCUACCGAUCUGGCCCAGAUCAAGAGCCGAAAUGCUGAGAUUCCCGUGCCUGAUAUCGCCUGUCUGCACUACUUGGUCCAAUCUGUGGGCCGCGAGCAACCAACUGCGCCGGCAGUCUGUGCCUGGGACGGUGACUUCACCUAUCACGAGCUUCAAGGUCAGGCGAGGAAACUUGCAAAAUACCUUUCCAACCUCGGAGUCGGUCCGGAGGUUAGGGUGGGAUUCUUUAUGGACAAGUCCAAGUGGGUACCCGUGUCCAUUCUGGGCAUAUUGGAGGCCGGAGGAGUGGUCGUCCCGCUGGGCGCGCGUCUCGAAGCCGUAGUGGAGAAUUGCCAACCGCAGAUCAUCCUCACCAAUGUAGCCCACACCGAGACACUCGCUGGACUGGGACCCUCCGUCGUCGUCGUGGACGAGGCAUUGCUGGCCAGCAUCCCGACACCCCAGGGAGACGCGCCAAUAUGCCCAGCGCUGACACCUCACCAUCCCGCAUGGAUCGUGUAUACGUCCGGAAGUACAGGGUCGCCCAAGGGAAUCCUUCUGAUACAUUCCGGCCUUGCGACGAGUCUUCCAGCAAUGGGAAGAGCAACGAGGUGGUCUCCCAAGUCCCGCGUGCUCCAAUUCGCGGCUCACACGUUUGAUGUCACUACCCAGGAGAUCAUGAGUACCCUCGUCUUCGGAGGGUGCGUCUGUAUUCCCUCUGAAGACCAACGCAUCAACUCGCUGUCACAGACCAUUACGUAUCUUAACGUCAACACGAUUGUGAUGACCUCCACGGUAGCCUCCACGAUUGACCCGGCCGAUGUGCCGUCCGUGACGCAGUUGCAGCUCGUCGGUGAGCAGGCCAAGCUGAGUGUUGUAGAACGCUGGCUCCCCCACGCCGAGAUUAUCAACAUCUAUGGCCCGUCCGAGUGCUCUGUUUACUCCUCGUGCAACCUACCUAUGCGAACCAUUGAGGACGCGCCCAAUGUCGGCUUUCCGCUGGACGCCUGUAACUUCUGGAUUACUACCGCCACAGACCAUAACCGACUGUGUCCCAUCGGCGUGGCAGGUGAGCUACUCAUCGAGAAUGCCUGGGAGGCACAGGAAUACAUCAACCUCCCAGAGCUGACGGCAAGAUCCUUUGUGGUCGAACCCGCAUUCAUCAAGCAACUCGGGCUCGGUGGCAGGGACAGACGCAUGUAUCGAACCGGCGAUCUCGUGCGGCAGAAUCCCGACGGGACGUACGUCCAUCUCGGCCGCAUAGACAGCCAGGUCAAGUUCCGCGGACACCGGGUGGACCUGGGUGAGAUUGAAUAUUGGACCACUAAGCUUCUGAAUGGAGUACACACGGCUGUCGUCGAUCUGGUCGAUCUGCAGGCUCGCAAGGGCGCUGGUGUUCUUGUGGCGGUGUUCGACUUUGACGAAGAUUGUGACUUGUUUGACCCCGAGGACACAGAGGACAUCAAUGGUGUCAUAAUCCUGGCCCCUUCGAUCAAACUCCAGAAAGCCUUGUGCGGCUUGAAGGACGCAUUGGCUGAGAAGCUCCCGAGCUACAUGGUGCCGACCGACUAUCUGCCCUGGGCAAAGGUCCCCCUGAAUCCAUCCGGCAAGACGAACAGGUACGCAGUGCGACAAUUUUUGACAGGUCUCGAGUCAGGCUCGUCUCUGUUGCAACGCUACCUAGCCGAUGACGGGACGAAGGAAGACCCCCAAACGGAGAUGGGUAGGAAACUACGGCAGCUAUGGGCUGAGGUUCUCUCCAUUGAUGUCGCCUCGAUCGGCGCGCAGGACCACUUCACACGCCUCGGCGGCGAUUCUUUGGCAGCCAUGAAGCUCGUCGCGGCUGGCCGGCAAGUCGGGCUUCACCUGACGGUCGCAUCGAUAUUCACGUAUCCGAUCCUGGACGAGUUCGCCCAAGUACUGGGAGAGGAACAGCAGGUGGGCACAGAGAGGACUACUAGGGAGGACCCUGUCCCAUUCGAGUUGUUGGGGAUGCAGACCAUCACAAGCUCCGACUUCGAGUCCCGACUCGCAGACAUCGCUGUCCAAUGUCAAGUGGCUCCCCAACAGAUCGAAGAUGUAUACCCAUGCACGAGUAUGCAAGAAGCACUCUUCGCUAUCACCGCGAGACAACCAACGACAUACACAUAUCGCCAAGUGUUCCAAGCAAGUCAAGACGUCGACGUGGCGAGGUUCCAGGCGGCUUGGGAGACGGUAGCCAAGGCAUUGCCAAUCCUGCGGACUCGAAUCGUACUGGACAGCGAUAGCGGGUUUCUCCAAGCAGUGGUGGACGCUCCCCUAGUAUGGUACAGAGGUGACGGUCUGGAUGGCUACCUCGAAACAGACAAGGCCACGGGUUUCGAGCCGGGCCAACCUCUCCUGCGAUGUGCCCUGGUCGAAGACCGAAAGUCAAACAAAAACUGCUUCGUCUUGACCACCCACCACAGCAUGUUUGACAAGUGGAGCCUCCAGAGGGUGUACCAACACUACCUCGCCCCAGCAUACGCCGGACGAGAGAUGGCGAAAGUGGUGCCGUACCCAAGGUUCAUCCGCUACGUCCUCGACACCGACCUAGACGCGGCCUCGCAAUACUGGAGCCGGGUACUGGCAGAUGGUAAUUUUUUCACCGACUUCCCAUCGCUGCCUGCCGCGAGCUACUACCAGCCCAAACCUACUUCGCUCAUAAAGCGGACAGUUCGUGUCAAUGAGCUCGCGGGGCUCCAAACGCCCUUCCCUAGCCUUCUCCGGGCGGCGUGGGCACUGACCGUUGCCCAGUAUGCCGCUGUCGAGGACGUCCUGUUCGCCGUCAAUCUCUCGGGCCGAUCAGCUCCUGUGGCCGAAAUCACAGACAUGGCCGCCCCGACCUUCACUACGGUUCCUGUUCGUAUCAAGAUAGAUAGCGCCAAAACGGUCCAGGAUUUCUUGCACAGCGUUCACCGUGAAGCUGUGGAGAUGAUUCCCCACGAGCAUAUUGGCCUCCAGAAGAUCAAGAAGCUCGUUCCCACCUUCGCCCCGGCGGACCUGAGACACCUCUUCCUCGUGCAUCCCGCGACGGAUGCGGACGUGAGUGACCCAUCGCCUCGUGUAUCCGGGUUUGAGCAGGUGGACUUGAGACUGGACGCACUGGAUGAUUACCCCCUCACGAUACUGUGUAAGAUGGACGAGCACCGGGGUGAGGCGACGGUGGAGGCCCGUUUUGACAGUGCGGUCAUUCACGAUGACCGCUUAUUCUCGAUUUUGCGACAGUUCGAGCACAAUGUCGCCCAGCUUGGUAAUGCGGCGACAGGCGAGCAGACCGUCGGAAAUCUCCAGCUGGCCAACGCUCAAGACCUUGACCAGAUUGCAAAGUGGAACCUAGGCGUGCAAGAGACCACCCUGGGUUGCGUCCAUGAUCUGAUUCGCAACGCCAUUCGGGAGCACCCUGCAGCUGACGCCAUCUGCAGCUGGGAUGGACAACUCACAUACCAACAGCUUGACCAGAAGGCCAGAAGUCUUGCCCAUAUGCUCGUCACAGAAGGGAGCGUCGGACCCGAUGUGGCCGUCGGCUUCUGCAUGGACAAAUCGCGGUGGGCCAUUGUGUCCAUGCUUGCCAUACUAUACGCUGGCGGUGCGGUCGUCCCGCUCGGCGUUCAGCUCCCGCUGGAAAGACUAAGUACGAUCGUGGAGGACUGUUCCCCCGCCAUGGUGCUUUGCGACGACGCACAACUAUACAAGUUCAAAACCAUGGGUUACGGCCAUCGUCGGGGCGUUCCUUCUACCUUGGUCCGACCCGAGAACAUGGCUUGGAUCAUGUAUACCUCUGGAAGCACAGGGACCCCAAAGGGUGUUGUCCUCGAGCACGGAGGUCUGUGUUCGAGCCUAUUGGGAAUGGGCAACAUCUGCAACACUGAUUCAAAUUUCCGGGCCUUCCAGUUCAGCGCAUACACCUUUGACGUCUCCAUCAGCGAUGUCUUCGUUACCUUGGCCCGCGGGGGCAUCGUAUGCGUGCCUUCGGAGAGCGAGCGGAUGAACGAUCUGGUUGGGGCCAUCAAACGGCUGGAUGUCAAUUUCCUGCAUCUCACGGCCAGCACGGCGUCACUAAUACCUCCAACUGACGUCCCGGCUGUCAAGAUGCUGGUACUUGGGGGCGAACAUAUCAACCCUGCCUUGGUAGAAAAGUGGCAGCAGUUGUCGAAUGCCACCCUGAUGAACAGCUACGGCCCGGUCGAAUGUUCCAUCACUAGUACCGCCAACGCGCUGCUCAGAGACAAGGACGAUGCAGCCGUGAUCGGCACGGCUCUUCCCGGGACGCAGACUUGGGUCGUGGACCCUAGUAACACUAAUCGUCUCGCGCCCAUAGGUGCUGUCGGAGAACUUCUCAGUGAAGGACCGCACCUCGCGCGCGGUUAUCUCAACGAUGCCCUCAGAACUUCGACGUCGUUCAUCACGGAUCCCAGUUUUGUUGCAGAAGUCGGCUCCGGGCGAAGAGGACGUCGGAUGUAUCGUACGGGCGAUCUCGUACGGUACAACGGGGACGGCUCACUCACCAUACUUGGCAGAGAUGAUUCACAGGUGAAAAUCCGAGGCCAGCGGGUUGACCUAGCCGAGAUCGAGUUCUGGAUCCUGAAAAUUGAGCCCAAUGUCAGAACGGCCGUGGUUGAGUAUCUCAGCUCGAACGACGAUCAACGGGCACUCGUUGCCGCCGUCGAACUUCUUGACCCUAAUCGCGGUGAUUUAUCAAGCAUAGCUGCAGGGUUGAAGACAUUCCUAGGGGAAAAGCUGCCGUCGUACAUGGUUCCGAGAGUGUACCUGCAGAUGGACACGAUACCGAAGACCGCCUCGGGCAAGACCGACCGUCGAGCAGUUCGCCAAUUCAUGGUCACCGAGGGCUUCCAACGUACGGAAAAGCUCCUUGCCGACGUCUCUGAGCCCGGAACCGUGCACGGCGACAGGGAGACUGUUGUCCGUAAACUGUGGGCGGCGGUGCUUGGCGUCGAGGAAGACAGCAUCGACCGACAGGACAACUUCUUCGAUCUCGGUGCAGACUCCAUCGUCGCCAUGAAGCUCGCUGCUGCUGCGAAGUUGGAAGAUAUUGAUAUUCGGGUUCUCGACGUUUUCGAGAACCCAGUGCUGUGGAAGCUGGCGACUGCCGCCAAAAAGCCCAACGGAUUAGUGGCUCCACGGGGGUCACAGCAACACUACCGUCCUUUCCAGCUGCUCGAUGGCGUCGACGACAUUGACGCCUUCCUUGAAGAGGUCGUCUGUCCGGUCACAGGGACGCGAAAGGAGUCUAUCCUGGACGCCUUCCCAACGACUGAUGCCGUUGCCUUCAAUGUCGCUGGAGCAUUGACGGCUGCACAGACCGAAGUGAACACUUUCGUCCUCGAUACAGACUCCGACCUUGAUCUGGAUCGACUAUCGCAAAGCUUUAAACUCUUGGCACAGCAUGUGGAGGCCUUCCGAAGCGUGUUCGUGCUCAAUCUCCAGGAUGGGAAGCUCCUCCAGGUUAUUCUGGAAUCUUACCAGCACCAUGUUCGGGUGGUCAAGGUUGGGGGUUCCAUCGAGUCUGCCACCGAAGGGCUCUUAAAAGGGGAGAUGGGCCGAUCUUUCCGACUCGGCCGUCCCAUGAUAAACAUGGCCAUCCUCCACCAAGAGGAGGGCCACAAGACACGCAUGUUGUUCCGAAUGUCGCACGCCCUCUACGACGGUCUGUCCCUUCCGAUCACAUGGGACACGCUCCUCGCGAUGUAUGAUCACCAAGGUGCUCUUGAAACUCGACUGAGCUCGUUCUCCGCCUACGUCCAUGACCUGAUCCCACACACGAGUGACAAGACCUACAACUACUGGCGGAUCCUGCUGCAUGGAUCCGUCAUGCCCGAGCUGAGCCCGGCGACGAAGUCAGAUGAUCAGAGCCCGUUGCGCAUGGCAUUCACAGGACAGAAGACGAUUCCGAUAUCGGGACUGAAGGGUGAAGGCAUUACCACCGCGGCCGUAAUCAACUGCGCGUGGGCGCACGUGUUAGCCCAGUACACGGGCAAGGACGACGUGGUGUUUGGGGAGACCAUUUCCGGGAGAAACUUGGUGGAUCCCCUGAUAUCAAAUACCCUCGUUGGCUGCUGUGCCACUCACGUUCCUAUAAGGGUCAGGUUUGGCAACCCCGGUGGGCAGACGGUCCUCGAGCUGCUGCACCAAGUGAGAGAUCAGCAAAGAAACCGUAUUCCCCAUGAAGGCCUCAGUUUCCGCACGAUAAUCCGCGACUGUACGGACUGGGGCCCGUCUACGCGCUUCACCUCCAUCGUCAACCACAGACCGGGCAUGUCGCCGGCCAAGCCGGUCGGUGGAGAAAUGGCGUUCAGUGUCAGUACCGUCACCACCGAAAACAGACCACUCACGACAUGGUACGAUCUCGCUGUUAUCUCCGAGGAGGACGAUGGCGUCGUGACGCUCAGUCUGGGUUACUCGAUUCUAGGGUUCAAGCCAGAGACGGCUCGGGCGUUGUUGGAUGACCUUGCCGAUACAGUGCAUCUCAUCAUGAAUAAUGGGGCUUCUAGGUCGGAUCGACUGGCCCUGUACGGAACGCAGGCUAUGCCCAAGUCGUCCUCAGCUCAUAUCAAUCCGAUGCCAGCUGAGAGUUCUGGGAACCCAAGGGGCAAAGUGACAAGCAACGGCAUGACCAUAGACCGAUCAGUUGACGCUGGUGUUACCACACUCGAUGAAAUAUGGCUCUCCGUCUUCACUGCAAAGGCAAACAUCCCGACAGCGGAUACGCGCCAAAUGCCGUUCCACCAGCUGGGGGGCGACAUACUUGAUGUUGUGCAUCUAGUUGCCCGGGUUGAGCGCUCUAGAAAGACCACAAAGCGGUCGCUGAAUGGGGAGAGCACGACGGGUCCGUACCCAGAGGUGACGAUUGACGAUGUUCUCCGUCAUCCCAGUCUCAUGGAGCUUGCUGCAUUUUUGCAGGAGAGGCGGAUUGAGCUGGAGUGA